AUGAACAGGCUUUGGAAUACCAGGCGCCCGGACCCACUGCCAGCACCCCCACAGUGGGUCCCCAUUCUGGGCCAGCUGCAGAAGACCCUCCAGAAGAGAGAGUACCUGCCCCUCCGCUCGCUGCCCAUGUUCGAGAGUAACUUUGUCCAGGUGACCAGCCAAGGGGCCCCUGUGUAUGUGCACCACAAACCCAACUAUCUGACCUUGGGGGUGGCCGCCACCCUGCCUGACCCCGGGCUGCCAGACCUCCUGCUCAUCGCGAAGCCCUCUGAGAACAAGGACUGCUCCAACCUCAUCCUCACCAGGAUGCUCCCACUGGACCUGGUCCACCUCUAUGUCCACAACCUGUCUGCCUGGCGCCUGAAGCUUCACUUGAUCACAGGCCGCUACUACUACCUGGAGCUGGAUGCGCCUGCCAGGGAGAUCGCGUUUCUGUUUGACCGCUGGAUCCGGCUCAUCAGCCUGCUCCGAGAGCCGGCCGCCUUCUGGGCCCCCAGGACCCUGCACACACCCCUCUCAGACCUGGCACCUCCUGCCUCCACCUGGCGCCUCCAGCCCCUCAAGCGCAGAUUCAAGUCCCAGGCCGUGGGGGACUCCGUGCCUCUCAUCUGCUCGCAGCUGGAGCAUACGGACUCUAGGAAGAAAGGCACAGGAAACGCGUCCCACCCAGAACACGCCCUUCCCAGCUCUGUGGCCAAAAGCCCAGUUUCUGAGAAGUCCAGCUUCAGCAUCUGGACCAUCUUCAGCAACUUUCCCAACAGCAUCGACCAAAAGCUGUCCUCUUCCAAGGGUCGCUCACCUGUAUAUGAUAGGGCGGUGGUCCUUGGUGGUUUGGUUGAGACCCCUUCACCUAGUAUCUCAGAGAACAGCCCUGACAUUGCCUUUCUAGUCUCCUGUGAGCAGUUGGAUAUGCAACAGGGCUUCAAAGACCCGACAGACCACGAAUCCAGCACGUUGUCCUCCAACUCCUUCAGCCAGGACACCUACUCUCCCAACUUCUACCUGCCUUCCCCCCACUCCUCUGUUCCCAGGCACCACAAAAAGGCCAGGCCCCUGGGCUCUGCACAGAAAUGGUGGCUUCCACUCUCCCAGAACACCUCCUCCAUCCCUGCCACCUCUAGGAAGGCUCCGUUCAUCCUUGACCAGUCCCAGAAGGUAUCGGCUAGACCUGCUGCUCCCCAGAAGACCUCCAUUCUAGCUUCUGUUCCCCAGAGGGCCCCAGCUGUACCUGCCCCAUCUUGGAAGACCCCACAUGUACUAGCUAUUCCCCAGAAGCCCAUGCCUCGUCCUGUCCCAAACCAGAAAUCUCUGUUCCUACCCACCCCAUCCCAGAUGGCUUUGGACCCUGCCGAUGUGGGCAUGUUGCCUGUUGGAAGUCACGCAGGGGAUGUGCUUAAGAAAAGCCAGCCUGAAGGGAGGACAGAGCCGUUGGUGUUGGUGGGCACCCAGGAGAUGCAAGUCACGGAGAUGCGGGCCCAGAAAGUGUCCCUGGAGCCGCCCUUCAACACCACCAAGAAGAAGAUGAAGAAGGUCGUGAUCAGCACAGCCCGGGAGGUCACCCUGGAUGGCUUGAAGGGCAAGGACACGCUGGAGGACAAGGUCUGCAGCAUGAAGGAGGAGAAAUCCAUGGUCGUGCCUGGCUUCAAGUCCAAGAUGACAGGGCAGCAGAAGAAGUGGGUCAAGACCCAGGAGCUGGUCAUGGAGGGAGCCCCAAAGGAGCACAGAAGGCCCUUGCCUGCGGAGGAGCUCACCCCCUCCAAGAGGAUGAUCAUGGCCAACUCCAAGGAGUCGCCCAUGAGACCCAAACUUUUCGGUCUGCCAUCCUGGCGCUCGACCCCCCGGGUCAGGAUGAGCCCAAAGUCCCUCUACUCCAGACAGGUGACUGUGUUGGAAGACACAUCAGUGGUGCUCGGGGAGCAGCCCCAGUUGGGCUCCUGGGCAAAGGGGAGCAAGGGUCUGAGGUUGAAGGAGACCUCGAGUCCUCGGGCAGCGGUAGAGGCAAAGAAGCUGCCCUCGGACCCGAUAAGGGCUUCCAAAGUGCACGCCCGCUCCAAGCGUGCCCCCAGCAGCCUGAAGAUGAACAGACACUCCCAGGUCCCCAUCCCUCUGCCUGCAACAAGGUGGGAAGAUGUCCAGUCACCCAUCGUACCAACCUCCAUCUCAAAGACGGAGGUCAGGAUGUCCCAAAAGCCCAACAGAGAAUCUCAAGAGAUGCCGGGGAUGCCAGACCAGUUGCCUUUGGCCAAGACGGAGUUCUCCUUGGGGAUUCUCAUGCCCAAGCUCUUGGAAAUUGACAACAUGAGGGGUGUGGCCAAAAAUGUGAAGAAGAAGAAAAAGAUAAGUGUCUUCACACCUUGGCCCAGGUAUGUGGGGAGAAAGGACCUCUGGAGUUAG